CGCCAAUUUUUUUUCCAUUCUAAUUCGAGCUCCAUUCCUUAUAUUCGUCAAUAGCUACCACGAACAUAAUAUCCAUUACGAUGGCUCAGGUCCAAGGCCACUGCGACGCCCGGUUUUCCAAGCUACGCGACUUAAUGCAAGAGUUUAUCGUGUCCGGACAAGACGUCGGUGCCAGUUUGUGCAUUAAUAUUAACGGCGAGGAUAACGUGGUGGACAUAUGGGGGGGGUACGCUGACCCAUUGACCAAGAAACCAUGGGAAAAGGAUACGGUAGUGAGCGUCUUCUCGACCACGAAGCUAGUCACCAACCUGGCGGCUCUAAUGCUAAUAUCGCGUGGUGUGCUUCGCCCCGAGGACAAGGUGGCCCAGCACUGGCCUGAGUUUGCAGCAAACGGGAAGUCCGAGGUUACUGUCGGCCAAGUGCUAGCCCACACAGCGGGUCUCAGCACGUGGCAAGACAAUAUGACACUGGAGGAAGCGUGCGAUGUCGAGGCAGCAACCGACAAGCUGGCGCGCCAGGCACCGCUGUGGGCUCCCGGAACCGCCAUGGGAUACCACGCUGUGACGCAGGGAUUCCUCGUCGGGGAGCUGGUGCGAAGGAAAACGGGAAUGUCAAUCGAGAAGUUCGUAACGGAGGAUAUUUGCCGACCGCUGGGCGACGGGGCGGACUUCCAGCUCGGGUGUCGCAAGGAGGACUGGAACCGGGUGGCCCCCGUCGUACCUCCACCGGGACCUUCGAUCCAGAAGGUGCUUAGCCAACUACCGGAAUACGAUCCAGACUCGCUCCUCGUGCGCACCAUUUGUAACCCCAUGUUCAGCGCCGAGGAUGCAAACUCUGUGCUCUGGCGGUCCAGCGCGUUGGGCUCAGUCAACGGCCACACAAACGCUAGGGCGUUGGUUAAGAUCCUCUCCUGCUUCUCGCUCGGCGGUACAUGUGCCGAAGGAGGCCAUCGCCUGCUGUCGGCCGAGACGGUAAAACUAGCGCUUACGGAGCAUGCGAUUGGGAAGGAUGUGGUAAUGGGGCGGAGCGGGAGGCGUGGACUUGGGAUUUACCUCACCGGGUCGGGGUCGGGGGUCGUCGAAGGCAAGUUACCGGAGGGCAGUGUUGGGUGGGGUAGCGGAUGGGGCGGUUCGAUCGUGGUUAUGGAUAGCGAUAGGAAGCUCACGAUCGCGUAUACCAUGAACAAGAUGCUAAACGAUAAUCAUCCUUCUCCAGCAGCAUACAUUAAGGCAGUCUAUAAGAUACUUGGAGUUACCCUGGCUGUCUAGGAUCACGGCGAAUGGUCUACAUGUGCCAUUAUCUGAGAUAAAAGGCGCAGAGCCAUUUCUUCUGUAUCAAGUCUUAAGCACGGCCUCAAAGUGCUUUACAAUCUCAAGAGUACUUUACAAUCUCAAGAAACUAGAAUUGAUAUAACAGAGAAAAUUCACGGAACUGUCUCGCAGUUCUGCAACUAGAUGGAAUCAAAGUGUGCAGUAUGGUUUGCCCUGAUUAGGUAAAUAGAGGAAUGAUCAAGUAGGAAAGAGGCAAAAAGUGGCAUCGUUAAUUAUUUUUAAUCCAAU